UCGGAGACGUUUGAGUGCCUCGACCGCUGAACGUCAGAUCACACCUACCUGAGAGAAAGAGAGAGAGAGAGAGAGAUGGACACCAGAGACACAACAGAAUCCAAGAGUGUCUCAACACAGCCAAACACUUCCCGAAGAAGCAAAGCUGGAUGGACGCAGCGGAGAACAUCACAUCUGUACGGUCACGGACGGCGCUCUGUUAUACGGCAGUCCUGCAUGGAGUUGGAUCAUGGGAAUGUUUAGGACUUGUUGCCGAAGGACUUGUGAGUCAGUCGCUCCACGUUCGUUUAGUACUUUGAUGUUUGAAGAGGCUUUUUUCUGCCACACUCUUAGAAAUAAAGGGUGUUUUCACAGCGAAGAACUGUUUUUGGGAACAUUUCAGUGAACAGUUCUUAAAAGAACCACUUUUUUCUUCAUGUGAAGAGCAUUUUAAUAAUCGAAUGAACCGUUUUCUGCUAUAAAGAACCUUUAGUGCGGAUCAAUGGAUAUUAAAGUAUUCGGAUGCCAAUGAAGAACUUUUAAGUGCGUCAGUUUUAUUAGAGCUUCUCUGAAAAAGGGUGUUUUCAAGGCAAUGCCAUUGAAGAACCAUUUUGGGAACUUUUUUUUCACUUAAAUAUUCUUUUGUGGAUUGGAAAACUUCCAUGGAUGCCAAUGAAGAACCUUUAUUUUUAAGUGUGAAGUGGAACAAGAGCUCAGUUUUGUAGGAAACACUCAGGAACAGUCAAUUUUUUCUUCUGAAUAAUGAGUAACGGCAGUGCCGUGGCGGGAAGCGCUGGAAUGGUUUGGGUCACUCCGCUCCUGGGCUCCACCCUGAUCACCAUGUGUGUUUUGGGCAUGACGGGUAACCUGUACACCCUUGCCAUCAUGCGAUCGGCCACACUGCGGCGCUCAGGCUCUUUGUACGUCUUUAUCCUCAAUCUAGCGGCGGCCGAUCUGCUCUAUCUGGGCACCAUCCCAUUCGUGGUCUGCACCUACUUCGCCCACGAUUGGUUCUUCGGGGAAAUGGGCUGCAGGUUGUUGUUGAGUCUGGAUCUGCUCACCAUGCACGCGAGCGUGUUCGUGUUGGUAGCGAUGAGUUUGGAGCGCUACCGCGCCGUCGCCACACCUUUCCGGGCCCGGCGCUCCACCGCCCGCGGCCACUGGCUGAUGGCGUUGGGAAUCUGGGCGGCAGCGUUCGUGCUGACGCUCCCCAUGAUGGUGAUGAUCCGACUCCGAGAGGGACGUCCGGCCACGGCGGGGCUCGUCAAACGCAUCUGCUUCCCAACCUGGACGCCCGAGGCCUUUAAAGCGUAUCUCACGGCGCUCUUCUUCACCAGCAUGCUCCUGCCCGGCCUGCUGAUGGUCGGACUCUACGCGGGUCUCGCCCGCCGUUACUGGGCCGCUCAGGCCAACCUGACCCGUGGAUCCUCGCUGUCCGUCCGCAGGCGCAGACUGAAACUCAAAGUGGUGGGAAUGAUCUUCUGCAUCGUGGUGGCGUACUGGGCGUGUUUCCUGCCGUUCUGGGGCUGGCAGAUGGCGAAGCUCUUCUCGUCCGAGUCGCUCCGCUCGCUGUCGCCCGCCGCUCACACCUACGUCAACUUCUUCGUCACCUGCCUGACGUACGGGAACAGCUGCGUCAACCCGCUGCUUUACACGCUACUGACACGCAACUACCGUGACUACCUGGCCCAGAGAGGUCAGUCCUCGGGGUCGAGUCGAGGGGACCUGGGGUCAGCCGCAGGGGUCAACGCACUCCAGGAUCAGAUAGGAUGACUUCUGUUUUGAGAGCGAAACGUGACUUUAGAAAUCUGCUGUUUUUGCUUUAGUUUUUUUUUUACACUUGAUUACACGACUAAAAGUGUUUAUUGCUCAAAAGUAACAAAAAUGUGUCAUCUCUGCUCCUCUUGUGCAACAGAAUUGCAAAAAUGAUUAAGUUGCGUCCAGCUCCACCCCCUAAUGGGUGGAGCUUUACCUAAUUAGGGUUAGGGAUUCUUCAAGCUCCACCCAUUACAUCCAAAGCUCCACGUCAAGCUCCUCCCAUUACGUUCAGAGAGGUGGAGCUCAACAUCAAGUCAAUGUCCUGCUGAUCUCAUCAUGACUUGUUGAUCAUGUUAUUUUUACAGUGAGUUGGGUCAGAGGUCAGAGGUCACUCACCUUGAACUCUUCGCCCUGCACAAAGGGGAAACACGGUUCAAUCUCAAUGUCAAUGUUAAGUUGGUCUUAAUAUUCAUGUGUUAAUAUCUGCCAUGUCACCGAGUGACAGAGGAGUUUGUGCUGAAGCACUGUAGUGUUUGAUUAGACACAUCAACGGCAGAAGAUAUGGGAUUUGGGAAGUGUUUCUCUUCCCUAUGAUAAGUCCUUAUAUUUGCUGUCCUCACUCUACAUGAUAAUACAGGUUAAUGGUUAGAAGUUUAUGAUUUAUAUCUAUCAUUGUUUUAAAUCAGAUCUCAGAUCAGUUUUGCACCAGAGAAUUGCUGCUCAGUGUAGUGUGAAUCUGUAUUGUAGCUCUAAGUUUUGAAUAUUACAGUCUUUAUGGUGCUUGUUUGUAUUUGUUUGUGCCUGUGGGCUUUUAAAAUUUAAUUUAAAAUAAUUCAUGCAAUAUUGUCUUAAUUAGUAAAUGUUCAAGCUAAAUAAAUUUAAUUUACUCAUGAUCAUUCAGACAGCUGGCAAGUGAACUCUUGAGGGGUGUGUGUGUGUGUGUGUGUGUGUGUGUGUGCGUGUGUGUGCACGUGUGUGUGUGUGUGUGUGUGUGGAAUCUGUUUUCUGUCCGUCACAUUCCUCAGCUCCUGCUUCGGGUCUUUUCGAGUCGCUCUGUAAAUUGUCAUGAGGCUCUGAACUGAACUCAAUCACAAUGAAACAGUACAGUACAUGAAGUUAAAGGAUUAGUUCACUUCAGAAUUCAAAUUUCCUGAUAAUUUACUC